AUGAUGAUACCCAGCAGUCGUGGUAUUUUACCAUCACAAUCAAGGUGCUACAGUGCAACAUCCGAUUUUUACCCGCAGCAGUCAUUCUGGCCUUCAAUUGCACCGAUAGUACCCAAUAACCGGUCAUCAGUAAAUACAGCUAUUCCUUUCAGUUCUUCAUGUUCAUCUGCUAGCACCACUACAGAUCUCUUGAAUCUCUUACAUGCAGUAUUUCUCAAUAACCCGAUUAUGAAUAAUGAACCGAGAUCUCUGAGCAGUGGGCAGCAUUAUUGGUCAACAUUACCAGGAGUGUACAGUAGUGGCACAAUGUUUACUUCUAUUGCUAGCUGCUCUCCAACUACAACAAGCAAUAACUAUCAAUGUAAUAUUAAUUUAGAAGGUAAUAGUGGUAAUAAUUAUAACGGUAACAUUAAUACUUCUCAUCUUGAUCUUGAGAUCGGUGCAAGUGUUAACCAUACCGGUGGUUUUUUCGACAGUUCAAGUAGCACAUUGUCUGCUUCUGCACAAGAUAUGCCGUUUUAUAUUAAACGGCAGCACGCAAGAUUUACAUCUGCAAGUGAUGUACCUGCUGGACUUGCUUCACUGACUAGCAAUUUGGUGGACUUUGCUUGUCAGUAUCAUUGGUCAACAGCAACUCAGCAACACAAAUGUGCAUUACAGCUCUGUUGCUGUUCAAAACAAUGGUCGUCUUAUCACUGUGGCGGCAACUGCAGUUUGUCUUUAAGAAAUAUGGAACAGAAAGCUGAGUGCUCACCUACUCGUCCAAGAAUGCCUUUAGUAGCUCCAGUGCGAAUGUCACCUCGUAAUGAGCCACUGACAUUAUUUUUCACUGACAAAUACGUCUUCAGUAACCAUUAUUUAUGUCAACAACUCUGCAUUGAUGGAAUGAAUUUUAUUUGCACAGAACAGUACUACAUGUACUGGAAAGCUAGAUUGUUCAACGAUGAAGAUACAGCUAUGGCGAUAAUGGCAAGUCGUGAUCCGAAACAAAUGAAAAUGCUGGGCACAAAAGUAAAAAACUUUAGCCAACCAGUUUGGGACAGAUUUUCGACGCAAGUCAUGGCUAUUGCCAAUCAAAGGAAGUAUGAGCAAAACAAAGAUCUCCGACAAGCACUAUUUCGUACAAUGUACACAAUUUUGGUUGAAUGUAAUCCCCGUGAUCAACGAUGGGGCAUUGGAUUGGGGAUGGACGAACCAGACGCUUGCGAUCCGCAACGGUGGAGGGGUUUGAAUUUAUUGGGUAGGCUACUGACUCGAAUUCGUGAUCGCAUGGCCGAAAAUACCAUUUAUAGAAGUGAGGUUGUUGAAGCUCAGUCGAUUAUACAGUUCAAGGGUUUAAUGGGCGGAACAGGGUAA